AUGUGUGCUAAUGCAUAUAUUGAAUUAUCUGAUAUUAUUAAGAAACUUGUAAUGAAAACCUAUGUUAUUCCACUGCUAAUGACAUUCCACAUGCAAGUGACCGAUACGAAAGAGGCACCGAUAAUACAGCCUUUUAGCUUUCCCGAGAAUGUUAGAAUUGGCCACACUUUAAGCAUAGCCUGUACAGUAAUGAAAGGCAAGCCUCCAUUUGAGUUUUCUUGGCAGAAAAAUAACAAAAUAUUAAAGAGAAGUGUUAGCAUUAAUACGCAGGAAAAAGUUUCAACUUUAUUGAUAGAUCCAGUCACCAAGGAAUCUACAGGGAAUUAUACGUGCAUAGUCAGCAAUGUAUUCGGAAAAAAUUCGUUUUCUUCAUACUUAAGUGUAAGAGCUCCACCUUCUUGGAUAACAGAACCGAAUGAUAGAGAUACAGUGGAAGGUUUGAAGAUUUCGUUUGAAUGCAAAGCAUCAGGAUUUCCAUUUCCGAAGAUAACGUGGAGAAGAAUUGGUAGUAUGGAUAAAGAAAAUGACAUAAGUAUAGUACAAGGUCAUAUGAAUGGAACUCUAACAUUUGCCCCAACUUUUAAAGGCCAUGAAGGAAAGUACAUGUGCGAAAUAGAUAAUGGUGCUGGAGAACCGCUUAGUAAAGUAGUUUCUCUCACUGUACAUGAUCUACCAAAAAUUCAACCAUUUCAAUUUCCGCAAAAUGUCAAGCUCGGAGAAAAAACUAGCAUCACCUGCAUCGUGAAGACAGAUCACUCAAGUCUUACUUAUGAGUGGCAGAAAGAUGGGAAUCCUUUAAAACCCUCUAGAAACAUCAACAUUGAGUCCAGUAAGCUGCACUCCACCCUAAUAAUUAACCCCGUAGAAGAUGGUUCUGUUGGUAAUUACACUUGCAUAGCUAAGAGCAAAAGUGGGAAAGACAUAUAUUCAACUUUCUUGCUUGUUAAAGCUCCUCCAACAUGGAUAAAAGAGCCAGAGAGUAUUGAAGUAGUAGAAGGCCAGAUUAUAAGAAUAACUUGUGCUGCAAAUGGAUACCCUAUGCCAAAAAUGGCCAUAAUAAAAGAAGAUACUAUGAACGACAUCUCCUUAAGUACGACAAAAGUACUCUACAAAGAAAAUGGAAAUAUAACCUUGAAUUUUGAACCUGUUCAAAAAUUAGACGACGGGAAAUAUUUAUGUCGAGCAAAAAAUGAUGUUGGAGAUCCAAUUGAACGAAAAUUUGCAAUAUUGGUUAAUGCUACCAAUUAUAAAAUCCAACCGUUCAUUUUUCCAACGACGGUUCGCGAAGGCGAAUCAACCAAAGUUAUGUGUUCCGUUACAACUGAGGAGAAACCAUUAGCUUUUAAAUGGUUCAAAAACCAAUUACAGAUCAAAUCAAGUGACAGACGUGAAAUUUCUCAUCAUUCCGACUAUUCGCUACUGAAGAUCAAAACCAUUUCAUCCGAAGAUUCUGGAAAUUAUACUUGUGUAGUUCGCACAACGCAUGGUACUUUAAACUAUACUGCUGAGCUCUUGGUUGAAGCUCCAGUGCAAUGGUUAUCAGAACCAGUUGAUCAAGAAAUUAAAUUAGGAGAAAGUGUUAAAUUUUCUUGCUCUGCAAAAGGAUUUCCGACACCUAGAAUUCAAUGGUUGAAAUUGUCAGAUAAUAAUAGAGUUAAUAUCAUUACGCACAGUCGGAUCAAAAUAGAACAUGGUUCACUUCAUUUAUCCGACAUAAAAAUUGACGACAGUGGGGUGUAUGUUUGCUCAGCUAACAAUGGAGUUGGUGAAACACUUGAAAAAGAAGUCUUAUUAUCAGUAAUUGAUGCCCCAGAGAUAAACCCAUUUCAUUUGUCGCCAAAAUUGAAAAUAGGAGAUAUUGCAAGUCUACACUGUUCAGUUAUACGAGGACAAACACCAUUAAGAUUUGAAUGGUAUAAAAAUGGGAAUUUGAUAAAAUACCCUUCCAAUCAAAUUCAGAUGAACGAUAAGUUUUCUAAUUUGGUUAUUGAUCCAAUAAAAGGAUCUUCUGCAGGAAAUUAUACUUGUGCUGUCAAAAAUGACUUUGGAACAACUAGUUACUCUGUAUUUCUUGUUGUACGAGCUCCACCAUUUUGGAUCCAAGAACCAGAAAAUAAAGAAACAACAGAAGGGUCGGCUGUAUCACUAUCAUGCUAUGCUGGAGGAAUGCCGUCCCCAGAAAUUACUUGGAAAAAAAUUGGUUCUGCUCAAAAACAGGAAGUAUCAUUUAUGCACAAAAAUAAAGAAAAUAUUAACGGUUCUCUUUUACUGAAUCCUGUUUUGAAGGAACAUGAAGGAACUUACUUAUGUGAAGUAAAUAAUGAAGUUGGGGAAACACUGCAGAAAUCAGCAUCUCUGGUUGUUUACGAUGCUCCUAAAAUUUCACCAUUUGCCUUUCCGCCAAUGGUCCAAAUUCAAGAAAAAACGUCCAUCGCUUGCUUUCUAAAACAAGGAACACUACCAUUAACGUUCAGAUGGUCUAAGGAUAAUAGAAUUUUGUCAGAAACUGGAAAUAUUAAAAUAAAAACAUUAGAUGAUAUGUCAGCUUUAACAAUAGACCCGGUUUCUCCGAAAGAUUCUGGAAACUACUCAUGCUUGGUAUCUAAUCCGUUUGGAAAAAAUAUUCAUUCUGCUGUACUAAAAGUGGAAGCUCCACCUCACUGGAGGAUUGAACCAAAAGAUAUUGAAGCAAUGGAAGGAGAUGAAAUUUUCUUAUUUUGUCAAGCAGAUGGUCUACCAUUGCCAAAAUACACAUGGACCAAAAUAAAUGGGAGAGAAACAACAGUUCUUAAGCAAGCUGUCAAUGGCAAUUUCACAAUUCAACGUGUGAAUACACAGCAUGCAGGAGAGUAUGUUUGUAAUGUAGAAAACGGCAUAGGUGAAAUUUUAAGAAAAUCUUCUAAAUUAGUAAUUCAUGAGAAAUCUCCCAAAAUCCAACCGUUCAGUAUCCCUGAGAAACUUACAGAAGGAGAAGAAGUAAAACUUGGAUGCUUAGUAAGAAAAGGUAGUAAACCAUUCCACUUUAAAUGGUUUAAAGGAAAGUCAGAACUGAAAAACAGUGUAGAAUACGAAAUUAUUAGCAAAGAUGAAGUGUCAUUCCUCACUGUGAAAAAACUAACAGGAUACAGCAGCGGAAAUUUUACUUGCCGUGUUUCCAAUUCCUUUGGAGAUGACAGCUACGCGGUUUCACUUGUAGUAACGGCUCCCCCUCAAUGGGUUACAGAGCCAUUUGGAGUGGAAGGACUAUUAGCCAGCAAAGUAACUUUAGAAUGUUUUGCUGCUGGUUACCCUCUUCCUGAGAUAACAUGGAGUUAUUUGAAGGGAAGUGGAGAAAAAAUGCCUUUGAUAUCUAAAAAUGGAUCACUUGUAUUUGAGUCACUUAAAGCAGACGACGAAGGAGAAUAUGAGUGUAAGGCAUUUAACAAUGUAGGUGCAAGUUUAGAAAAAGUAAUAUCGCUUUCAGUUAUUGUUCCAGCACGAUUUGAUGAUAAAUUCACAGUAAUAACGGUCAAGAAAGGUGAUAGUGCUAGUCUUAGGUGUGAAGCUGUGGGAGACCAACCUCUUUCUGUUAAUUGGAAAAGGGAUGGAAAUGAAUUGAGAAAAAUCAAUGGUGGGCGAUAUGAAAUAUUUGAAACCCUCACACCAAAAGGCUUGAAAUCAGAGUUGGUUUUACGUGAGGCUGAUCGAGUAGAUGGACAGUUGUAUACAUGCCUAACAGAAAACCCGUACGGAAAAGAUGAGAGAAAUAUUAAACUUUUGGUCAUGGAGGUUCCUGCUACACCGCUUGACCUAAAAGUGCAAGAAGUGUGGAGCAGAAGUGUUAGUGUGUCUUGGUCACCUCCGUACACAGGAAAUAGUCCUAUAACGAAAUACGUGCUACAGUACUGGAGAGAUGCUGGGCGUCAUCGAUUAGAAGAGAAGGUAGUUUCAAGUGCUCAGACAUCAGCACUAAUUAAAGAUCUUCACCCUGGUAUCAAUUAUGGUCUCGCUAUCGUGGCUGAAAACACUGUUGGGCGAGGUGAACCCUCUGACACAAUCUCAUUUUCUACCGGAGAAGAAGAGCCCUCUGGAUCACCUAUGGAUGUUAAUGUGGAUGUGAAAGGCACUGCUUCUCUUCUUGUAACUUGGAAGAACCCACCAAAGAGCGAAUGGAAUGGUAAACUUAAAGGAUACUACGUUGGGUACAAGAUAAUACAUGACUCCAGCCACCCAUACUCCUUCAAGACCGUGGAUUACGUUCCAGGGGGAGUUCAGGAGCAUAUGAUUACGAGUCUUCGAAAAGACACCGAGUACAGCAUCAUCGUAAAAGCUUUUAAUACAGCAGGAAGUGGACCACCUUCACAAGAAGUGGUUGUGAGAACACUUGGUGGCGAUCUUCCGCAAGCUCCAAUUGUAUUUGUCGUAGCUACUUCAGAAACGUCUAUCAAAAUACAAUGGAGAACAGUUGAUAACAAAAUGCCUGUAUCAGGCCACGCCAUUCAUUACCGGAAGAAAGGGGAGGCUUGGCAACGCGUCGCUUUGACGUCAUCAAAUGAGAACUCGUACUCCCUGUCAGGAUUACAGUCAGGGGCUCUCUACCAGCUCUACGUAACUGCCACCAGUGACUAUGGAGAGGGGGAUCCCAGUGAUGUUGUCACAGUUAAAACUUAUGCUGGCCACGACAAUAUUGUUCUUUUUCCUGGCACCCAAGAGCCUCAAAUGAUGAUGGAUAUGUCUCUGUUGAUACCAGUUGGCGCAUCUUUGUUAGCCGUCAUUGUGGUCAUUAUUGCUGUAUGCGUGUGGGUCCUCAAAGCAAAAUCCAGACGAAAUUUGGAAAGAGCAAUACAAGAAGACAAGAGAUACAUCUAUGCAGCUGCUACUCAGCGGUAUGUAGACAUAGACAAAACCAGGUCCCUACCAGCGUAUCACGACCCAGCGCUCAUUCAUUUCCCGACACCCUAUGCCACCGUGCCCAUGGGAGACGACAUUUCAGAAGGAGGGGGAAAUAAUGACCCCAACCAAGAAAUGAAAGCAUUCAUAUCACAGAAUAUGAAAGACAGACCAUUACCAAAACCUGGGACGUUGAAAAAACAAAGAGAUUCUCACAUCUACGAUAGUCCGCAGUGA